GGGGCGGGCUAAGGCUGGGGGGCAGUCCCACGCGCCCCCUCCCUCCCCGCAUGCAUGGGAAGGCCGGCUCGGCUUGUAGCAACUGCAGUAGCAGCUGCCGCCGCCAGCUCUGAGCUUCCUCCAGUGUUUACCUGCUGCAGCUCCUCUGCCUUACACGUCGCCUUCGCAGCGUUGCUUGGAGCGCAGGAAGGACCGCGGAGGGGGUCACUUUUGGGCGCAGCAGAGGCUGGGGCAGAAGCAGCAGAGAAGAAAAAACAACCCAGCGGUUGGCUGCUGCCGCCGCCGCCUCCUCCUCCUCAGAGCUGCUCGCCCGCCCGCUUGCCUGCCUCACAUGCCAUCACAGCAACAAAGAGCACGCUGAGCAGCGGGCGGAGAGGCGCCCGGGCUCCAAGCUCUGCAAGCCCGAAAGACGGCGAGAGGACCAUGGCCAGAAAGGGGGACGCCUCCGCCUCUCCUUACGGUCAACCAAGGAAAUUUGACCCAAAGUUCAGAGGACCUAUUCACAACAGGCAUUGUACAGACGUUUUCUGCUGUGUCAUCUUUGUAGUGGUCAUCCUGGGUUACAUUGCUUUAGGAAUUGUAGUUCAAAAGUGUGGACAAAUCUUGGACAUUUGUACUGGAAAAGCCUGGGUACAUGGUGAUCCCAGAAAAGUGGCCUACCCCACUGACAGUUAUGGGCAGUUCUGUGGUCAAAAAAACACGCCUAAUGAGAACAAGACAAUAUUGUUUUAUUUUAACAUUCUGAAAUGUGCCAGCCCUCUAGUGCUAAUAAACCUUCAGUGCCCUACAACACAGCUUUGUGUCUCAAAGUGCCCAGACAGGUUUGCAACCUACAUAGACAUGCAAUCUUCCUACAGAUAUAACAGUUAUUGGGAAUACUACAGACAGUUUUGCAAGCCUGGCUUUAAUAAGCCACGGAAGUCUGUGGCCCAAGUUAUGCGUGAUGAAGAUUGUCCUUCCAUGAUCAUUCCAAGUCGGCCUUUUCUUAAGAGAUGUUUUCCUGAUUUCUCCACUAAAAAUGGUGUUCUGACUGUGGCCAAUCAGACUACUUUCAAAGAUGGAAGAGGAAAAACAAGGAAUGUAACUGACCUCAGGGAAGCUGCCAAUGGCAUCAAUAAUGUUCUGGAUGCAAGAUCAGUUGGAAUGAAAAUUUUUGAAGAUUAUGCCAGUUCUUGGUAUUGGAUUUUAAUAGGUCUGUUUAUUGCAAUGGUUGUCAGCUUGCUCUUCCUUGUGCUUUUGAGGUUCACAGCAGGAGUUCUCUUCUGGAUUUUCAUCUUUGGUGUAAUUGGGAUUAUAGGAUAUGGUAUCUGGCAUUGCUACUGGGAAUUUCAUCGCCUCCAUGGCAUACCUGGCUCUGAUCUUACCAUCUAUGAUAUUGGAUUCCAGACGGACUUCAGGGUGUAUCUGCAACUGAGGCAAACAUGGUUAGCAUUUAUGAUACUGCUUUGCAUAGUGGAAGUUGUGAUUAUAUUGAUGUUAAUAUUUCUGAGAAAUCGAAUUCGAAUUGCCAUUGCACUUUUGAAGGAAGGUAGUAGAGCCAUUGGUUACAUCAUGUCUACAUUAUUCUACCCAAUUAUCACCUUUAUUCUUAUUGCAAUCUGCAUUUCCUACUGGGCAGUGACAGCUGUCUUUUUGGCUACAUCAGGGGAACCUGUGUACAAAGUCAUGGCUAAUCAAAGUCUCUGCAAGUAUGCAAAUCUGACCUGUUAUCCAGAGACUUUCAACACAACCAAUGUGACCAAGCUAUGUCCAGGGGCCCAGUGUACUUUUGCUUUCUAUGGUGGAGAAAGCCUGUACCACAGAUACAUCUUUGUCUUUCAAAUCUGCAAUGUGUUUGUCUUUCUCUGGCUAGUAAACUUUGCAAUUGCACUGGGUCAGUGUACCCUUGCUGGUGCCUUUGCUUCUUACUAUUGGGCCUUUAGAAAACCUGCUGACAUUCCAGCAUGCCCACUCUUUUCAUCAUUUGGACGAGCAAUACGAUAUCAUACAGGUUCCCUAGCAUUUGGCUCGUUAAUUCUUGCAGUAGUCCAAGUGAUUAGAGUAAUCCUAGAAUACCUGGAUCACAAACUCAAAGGAUCACAGAAUGCCUUCGCUAGGUUUCUGCUCUGCUGCCUCAAAUGUUGUUUUUGGUGCUUGGAAAAAUUCCUCAAAUUUAUCAACAGAAAUGCCUACAUCAUGAUUGCAAUAUAUGGUAAAAACUUCUGCACAUCAGCAAAAGAAGCUUUCUUUCUGCUCAUGAGAAAUGUGGUGAGAGUUGCAGUACUGGAUAAAGUGACAGACUUCCUAUUAUUCCUGGGGAAAAUUCUUGUUGCCGGAGGUGUAGGAGAAACAACCUUGAAGAUCUGGUGCCAAGUGCAUACGUCAGCAUCUGAUAGCCUGUCUUUCCCUCUUGUAGGUGUUCUAGCCUUCUUUUUCUUCACACAUAGGAUACCAGUAUUCACACAAGAAGCACCAUCACUGAAUUACUAUUGGGUCCCACUCUUGACUGUCAUAAUUGGUUCUUACCUAGUUGCACAUGGGUUCUUCAGCGUCUAUGCAAUGUGUGUUGACACUCUUUUCCUCUGUUUUUGUGAAGACUUGGAAAGGAAUGAUGGAUCUACAGCUAAACCCUACUACAUGUCGGCUAGUCUACACCGAAUUCUGGGGAAGAAGGAACUGAGUCCUAAGAAGUUAAUGGGAUAGUGCUUAAAAAAAACCUUGGUGAACGUGGCGUGUCCGUUUUAAGGGGGGGGGGGAAGCUGGAGACAUAUAAUUCUGGCAAAAGGAUUUUUAAAGUGUUACUGAUGCUUUUGGUUAAUGAAUUAUUUGUUUUUGCUUUAUACUAUCGGAAAACGAGCAGAUGGGCAACAUUUAAAAUAUGUCUUUAACAGCUGUGAAACAAGGCCACAUUUAUAGUUUUUUAGAGUGCCUAUGGAAAAGUGUAAAUGUUAAGCUUUUUUUAUCUUUAGCUCUUAGUGUUUUAAUAACUUUUCUAACUUGAGAUUUUGCUGUUUGACAUGACAGCCAUUUUGAUAACUUUUUUAAUAGGCAUAUAUUUGUAAAGGAUAUUCAGGCAAUUUUUGAAAGCACUACAAUAUAUCCUAAUUAGCCAUUAAAAAACAACAACCCCAGAUCAAGACUCUAGGUAACCAGCAGGUGGUCCUAAAUUUAUAAUUAUGGUGCUAUGGCUGUAUUUUUACCGUACAUGCUGCUUGACAGCUAUUUCAACUGUGAUUAAAAUGUAUUAACCAUUCCCUAUGAAGAAAGGUACAUUUAUAUGUCAUUCACCUCCACCACAAAUUGUAUAUGUUAAGCAAAAACACAUUAGUAUCAUGCUGGGGCAGCUCAAAGAAGGUAAUAGAAGAAUACAGAUAAUAGCUAAAAAAUCUUAGAAUAGGGUCAUGUUGUUAAACCUUUUAAGAGGAAUAUUAUGUCAGAAAUAAUGGCUUAGGACUAUUCCAUUAUGCUCGGGGAGCAGGGGAGGAUUUCUGUCUGGGCCAAGCGGAUGCCUCAGUUUUCCAUCUUAACAAACACAAAAUCUGCAUAAUGUUUAUGUGCUUUAAGUGAAACAUGUCGUUACUGGUACUGCAUACUGAUGCCAUGAUUUUGUCCUGAAUUAUGUAUAAGUUUACCUGUAGGUGAAAUACUGAAGGAAUCAAACUCGACUGAGUACUGUUUGCUUCCUUUUGGAGGAAAUUCAUCUGUAAGCCUCUAAAAAUGCCAGUUUGGUGACCCACCCCUUAAGAUGCAAGGUUGAAUCUGCAUUUCAGGCCCCUCAGCUGAUUGUAGUGGAGACUGAGAUUGGGUGGGGGGGGGGAAUAGAAAUGUGAAACAUAAAUAAUCUGCACUGUUAUGUGACCAUCUGAUCUUUUCUAUCCAGACAAGAAAGCGCAGAGAGGUAUUUGUAAUGUGCAUGAACAUUCUGGCCCAUGUAGGUUUUUCAUUUAUAUUACAAACCAAUUGUAAGCAAGAACCACUUUCAUGUGAGAAACCACCCAAUGAUUAGAUGUUAAUCUGCACUUAGUUCACAAUGACAAAUGCUGUUUUCAUUAUUUAAAAAUUUGGAAUUGGAGUGCAAAUCCUGUUCCACACAGAGGGCCAUUUUGGAUGAUUCUCCAGCUGACCCCCUAUAACCGCAUAGGGUGGGGCAUGAGCACAUGUCUCCUCCCACACCCAUUACGCCAUCAAGCUGUCACCUAAUUGUGCUGGGGGGGAGAUUCAUCCAAACUGCCCCUCUAAGUAUGGUUAAAUACUACUGCUAUUUGAACCAUACCUAGAGGAGUGUUUCAGCUGAAUCACCCUUGCAUGAAUCGGUGGCAACAUGCCCAGAGGUGAGAGAGAGAGACAUGCACCAACACUCACCCCCAGCAUAAUUCAUGGGGUCUGGUUUCAGCCAAACCAGUCCAGGAGCACUGCAUUCCGGCUACACUCCUAAACCAAACUGGCAUUAAAUUAAUGGGAUUUAUUUCCAUAUAAUUGCAAUCUAGAGAACUGUGCUUGCAGCCAAGUAUCAGGCUGACAGCUAUUUAAACUGUGAUUAAAAUGUAUUAACCAUUCCCUAUUAAGGAAGGCACAUUGCCAUUUCUGGAAGACAAAGGACACUGGAAUUAUAAAACUGAAAUUCAAGUCCAGUGUACAGGUUAAACUUCCAGUGAUAUACAAGGAUUCAGUUUGUCCAUUUCCUUUCAGUGACAUAAACGGAAUCUGUCUAAACUGGGGCUUGGGGGUAAGGGAAAAGUCCACCAAGCAUUGCUGUUGGGCAGUUUUCAAAAUGUGGGGGAUUUCUGCACCCUCCUGUUGCAAUACUAAGAACAUUUGCCUAGCAGUCAGUUACGGUGAAAUAAGUGAGACUGGAAUGUUAAAUCACCACUGUAUCCCAAGCUAAGUGAACUACAAAUCUGUAAUAAAUUAAAAUGUUUACUGUGCACUCAACUAAAUCUUCAUAUUUCAUGGGUGAUAUACAUUCUCAACAGUAGCAUUAAAUAAGCGUAGGACCCAUUAGAAACGGUAGGAAUACUAACUUUUCCUUGAAGUAAAGGGGGUUGGGUUCUGUGCUUCCAGGUAAAUUCCUGAGUUACCAUUUGCUAUAAAUGAUAGUAAAUUUCUGCCAUCCAUUCCAUUCUGUGAGAACUGAUCUGUGUUGGCCAAAACAGACUGCCUAAUCCAGCUCUGUUUGCAGGCAACUAUGUCUGAUGGUCCUAGAAUCAAAUGCAUAUCCCCAUUCCCGUCAAAGGCAUCCAGUUAAGUGAAUUCAUUUCAGUUGGGCAUCUAGAUGUCAAUGUUUUGUCUACAUACCUAGAAGGUUGCUUAUGCACUCAGAUCUUUCUUGCUGAAUCAAAACAAUAGGAUAUGAGCAACACAGGGUUAGAUGCACUUUUAACAUAAAUGCGUAUAACUCUUUGCAGGGUUAACCUAGGCGCAGUCGUACUCCUGUUGAAAUCAGUAGGAUAAUUCCCAUUGAUCACAAUUAUUAUGGUCUGAUCCUAAGAUUUCACAUGCUAACAAAUUAGUAUUUAGGAAUGGGUGUAUCAAUCACUGUACCAGCAAUAUAUCCUAAAACAUGACAUCCUGGCUGCACAGUACAAUAUGCCAGCACAAAUGUUUAGGAUCAGUGUCACUGACAAAUGUUUUUGAGGACAUUUUAGUACCAUUUUAUUAAAUAAUUAAGCAAUUGGGGGAAAACUGUGAAAAUGCAAAGCAAUAGCACUGAAAUUGGGCAGUCAUUCAUUCAUCUGAAAUAUACAUGUUAAAUUAUUGCAAAGAACAAACUUGUUGGUAGAAAGCAAAAAUCCUGAAUAUCUUUAUCAGAAAUGAAUGAGUGUUAAUGUGCAAACUAGGUAAUAAUUUAUUUUUGAAAGACAAAUACUUUUGAACUUGAUAGAUGUGUUUCUUAAUCCUUGGGCCAAAUCCUGCUGUUUAUUAUAAUGUUGGUUUUAUGCAUAAUGUGCUUUAACAUAAAACUAAAGCUUGGUAAAAUGCACUUCCUUGCUUAGAGAAGUUGAAUAUUGGACAGUUCAUUUUAUGGUAAGCUAAAUUUUAAAUAGGCUUUGAUCCUGCACUCAUUCAAGUCAGUGGCACAACAAAUGCCCAGUUAGUUGAACUGGUGUAGUAUCUGGGCCAUAUAAUGACAAAGGGCUGAUUAUAUUAUUGCAUCUGUGUUUACAGUAUAAAUGCCAAAACAUCCAGUAUUGAAAAUAUACUGAAGUUUAAAUUGCUGUUUUGCAGAAAAGGGCCAGCAGGUGGCAGUAUUGCUUUCAUAUUGCAUUGGUUUGAUCAUUUGCUUUCUGCCAUUCUUCUUCCUAGUGGAAGAUUUAGAAAGUCAUGAUGGCUCUGCUGAAAGACCUUAUUACAUGAGUAAAUCUCUACUGAAGAUUCUGAACAAGCAGAACAUGCAAACCAAGAGACAGUAGAAAAUGCCCACUGUCCUAACCACACAAUCAUGUUUGGUUUAAUGCAUUGUUUCUUCGAUACAGUGUUGAUUGUCAGGUUUUAUUUGCGCGUGUUUUAUACCAAAGCUAUUGUACAUGUGAAGCCAUCAAAGUCUGUAAUGACAUUGUCCUUAAAAUUCCAACAAAAAAUGGGAGCAUUUUUAUACUGAGAUUUUUUUUUCCAUUUUGCCUUUAAUUGUUGUGGCUUGGAUGUUUUGAACGAGUAUUACAAUGUUGUCUUUUUGUUUGAAAGAACAGAUGUAGUAUGCUUUACUGUUUCAAAUUUUGCUCUAGGACAGUAAAAAGUUUUCAGAAAAUAUAAUGUUGGGGGUUGUUUUAGAAAGAAAGUCAGUAAAUCCUAUUUGAUAUAAAUGGUCAUAGAAUACAUAAA